AUGGCGAACUCAAGAUUUGAAUACGUCAAGUCCUUCGAGCAGCCAGAUGUGCUGCUCCCCAAUACGUGGAUUGUGGUCCGCAUUGAUGGACGAGGAUUUCACAAGCUCUCCGAUCACUAUGCCUUCAAGAAACCAAAUGACCGCCGCGCACUCGACCUGAUGAAUGCUGCAGCCGUCGAGGUCAUGAAAGAACUCCCAGAUCUAUGUAUUGGCUAUGGAGUAAGUGACGAGUUCAGCUUUGUCUUCCAUCCCAAUUGCCAACUCUUCGAACGACGAAACGGGAAACUGGUAACAACCAUCGUCUCUACGUUCACUGCACACUACAUCUUCAAGUGGAACGAGUUUUUCCCUGCUACGCCUUUGCAGCCUCCGUAUUUACCUUCUUUUGAUGGUCGUGCUGUUAUCUAUCCGAAUAGUCGGAUUUUGCGCGAUUAUAUGAGUUGGAGACAGGUUGAUUGUCAUAUCAAUAACCUCUACAAUACUACCUUCUGGACUAUGGUUCUCCAGGGUGGAAUGAACAACACAGAUGCGGAACUAGAGUUAAAGGGCACGGUAUCAGCAGACAAAAACGAAAUCCUGUUCGGGCGCUUCGGAAUUAACUACAAUAAUGAAGAAGAGAUUUAUAAAAAGGGCAGUGUUGUCUAUCGCAAGUUCGAACUUGAAGAACCUACAUCUACUCAAUCACCCGUGGACAAUGACACCCCCCUCACAGUGCAGACGCAGUCCAGGUCUCAGCAGGAUAAGAUCAAGAAAUUGCGGAGGAAGGCCGAGGUCGUUGUUGAUCACGUUGAUAUUAUCAAGGAUGAGUUUUGGGAGAGGAGGCCUUGGAUUCUUUCGGGUAAUCCUGGGAAAUUGCCGGUUUAG